GAGGGCGCGCGUGGUGCCGGCGGGGAGCGGCGGCGCCCCCUCCUCCUCCUCCUCCUCCUCCACCUCCAGCGCCGCGGGCUCCUCGGACAUGGCCGCGGCGGUGGCGGUGGCGGCCGCGUCCCGGCGGCAGUCGUGCUACCUGUGUGACCUGCCCCGCAUGCCUUGGGCCAUGAUCUGGGACUUCACCGAGCCCGUGUGCCGCGGCUGCGUCAACUACGAGGGCGCCGACCGCGUCGAGUUCGUCAUCGAGACGGCGCGGCAGCUCAAGCGGGCGCACGGCUGCUUCCCGGAGGGCCGCUCCCCGCCGGGCGCCGCGGCCCCCGCCGCCGCCAAGCCGCCGCCGCUCUCGGCCAAGGACAUCCUCCUGCAGCAGCAGCAGCUGGGCCACGGCGGUCCCGAGGCGACCCCGCGCGCCCCACAGGCCCUGGAGCGUUACCCCCUGGCGGCCGCCGCGGAGCGGCCCCCGCGCCUCGGCUCCGACUUUGGCGGCAGCCGCCCGGCCACGGGCCUGGCCCAGCCGCCGACGCCGCAGCCGCCGCCCGUGAACGGCAUACUGGUGCCCAACGGCUUCUCCAAGCUGGAGGAGCCCCCGGAGCUGAACCGCCAGAGCCCGAACCCGCGGCGCGGGCACGCCGUGCCGCCCACCCUGGUGCCGCUCAUGAACGGCUCGGCCACGCCGCUGCCCGCCGCGCUCGGCCUCAGCGGCCGCGCCGCCGCCUCGCUGGCCGCGGUGUCCGGGGCCGCGGCCGCCGGCCUGGGCUCGGCGCAGCCCGCCGAACUGAGCUCGCACAAGCGGCCGGCGUCCGUGUCGAGCAGCGCGGCCGUGGAGCACGAGCAGCGCGAGGCGGCGGCCAAGGAGAAGCAGCCGCCGCCGCCCUCGCAUCGCGGCGCGGCCGACAGCCUGGCCACCGCGGCCGGGGCCACCGAGCUGGGCGCCGAGGGCGCGAGCAAAGGCCGCGGGCCCGGAGAACAGGACUGGGUCAACAGGCCCAAGACCGUGCGAGACACGCUGCUGGCGCUGCACCAGCACGGCCACUCGGGGCCCUUCGAGAGCAAGUUUAAGAAGGAGCCGGCCCUGACUGCAGGCAGGUUGUUGGGUUUCGAGGCCAACGGGGCCAACGGGUCUAAAGCAGGUAGGGGCGGCUGUGGAGUGAGGGGACCUAGGGGAGAAACGGGGACGCAGAGCAGAGGAGGGGGUGUUCUUUCCAUUCACCGGUUCUACCCCAGCCCAGAAACAACAAACACCCAACUUCCUGGUCUGCCUGAGGCGGAACCAGUGCUUAGUGGCAACGUGUUCAUGUGCUGAAGCAGCAUAACAGAGAUGAGUCAGACUGGGCUGAUAGGCACUGACACAGGGUUUUCCUUUCCCAGCACAUUCUUGGAUGGGAGCGUGAGGGCACCAGCCUCCUUUUAACCUGUUGGGGGACAUUAGUAAUCGUAUGCAUAGUUCAACCUGGGUACAUGCAUGCAUGUGUAAAAACAGGCCGUUAUGUACCUGCUCUGUUCUGUGGCCUUUUAAAAUCCUGCCUCAGAGCUCCGUAAGUCUUAAGUGUUGUGAGUUGCACGUGCACUUGAAACUCGUGAGAUUUUUCUAUACAAGCUCUGAGAGAAUAGAAAUUCUUUAGUGAGUCUUGUUUGGUGUGAGUAAAAGACAUGUCGUUUUCAGUGCACAUCCAUUUAUUUUGUUUUAUUUUUUUUUCCCUUUUCUGCCCCCCCCCCCCCCCCCCCUC